UCCACCAGAUUCGCUUCCACCAAUUCAAUCCCCUCCUCUUCACUCUAUUUUCCACUGUCUUUCAUCACAAUCUCUACCUGCAAUAACCAUUACACACAAACCCAUUUCAUUUCACACCAAAAAGAUUCAUAUUUCAUCCAAAGAUCCCACCUUUAGUGUUCUCUGUUCAUGGCCUUUUGAUCUUUGUCUGCUACUCUAGUCUCUAGUUUUGUAGAUAUGGCGGACGUUGACGUUGACGUUGAUGAUAUGAUGGUUGCUUCCGGAAAUGGGACUACUCAUGAUGCGGUUCAUGAUCAGUUUUCCAACCACACCGAGGAGGAUGACUCGAUGGAAAUCGUAGCGCGAAUUCCGAAUUAUAAUUCUGAAAGUAAAGAAGGAAAUGGGAGUGUUAACGAGUCCUUUUCUGAGCAAGUCGAAGAAAGCAACGAUGCUUUCAAGGAGCUUCAAGUGAAAGAUACUGAUGAUUUACGAGCUCAACCCAAAUGUCAAACUGAUACGGGAAACGGUUUGGAUCAUAAAACGGGUACAACAAACAAAACAGAUACUAAUAACGCAAAGAAAACUAAGGUUAAAAGCAGCCCGGCUUCUAGUGAAAAGAAAAGUGGCAAUUCAAAGCCCGCAGUAGUUCAAGUUAAGGCUCGUCUUUCUAAGCCUGUAAAGUCGGAUUCUAUAACGUCUGCCGCCAAUGUGGAGCAAUCUGAAGGCGUCAAGGAGAAGAGUAAAGUGAAGUCGGUGAGAACCGUUCAUGGAAGCACAACUGAAGGAAGAACACAUUCUUCUGAAAGCUCUACAACAGGAGAUGAGAAACCGCAAAGACAGGGCACACUGCCAGCUUAUAGUUUUAGUUUUAGGUGUAACGAAAGAGCGGAAAAACGGAAAGAGUUUUAUUCUAAGCUCGAGGAAAAGAUCCAUGCGCAAGAAGAGGAAAAAAACACAUUGCAAGCAAAAACGAAGGAACAUCAAGAAGCCGAGAUUAAAAUGUUACGCAAGAGCCUUAUGUUCAAAGCAACACCGAUGCCGAGUUUUUACCAUGAAACUCCUCCUAAAACCGAGUUAAAGAAGAUACCGACCACGCGUCCCAAAUCUCCAAAACUUGGACGGAAAAAGGAUUCGCAAUCACCAUCAGCAGAAACGGAAGCAAACGGCGGUAACACUUUUCGACCGCGGUUAAGUUUGGAUGCAAAGAAGUCAUUAAACAACAAAACCGUCACUAAACCUCAUUCUCCUGUUCCUGCUAAGAAGCCGAUUAGGAAAUCGCUUCCUAAACUACCAUCUGAAAAGACGAAAUUGCCCGCUGACGAUAAAGAUACAACUUCUCGUGAAAUUACAAUAUCGUCCAAUGAAACAAAUGAAGUCGAACCAAAUCAAGAUUCAUCGCACGUCCAGGAGGCAGCUGUUGAGGAAACAACCAAUUGAAAUAUGUAAAUGGAACCGUUGUUGUUCAUAGUCAGCUGCCUGGAAUACGAAGCGCGGUUUAGUGUUUUUAUCGCGCUUUUUUCGAGUAUGGUUGCGUGACCUUUUUGCCCUUAUUUGAGCAUUUGUUUCUGAACUGAAUGUGGUUUAGUUUACUAGUUAAUUAUCAAGAAACUGCCUGGAAAUGAGAUUGUUAAAUUUCUGUCA